AUGAGUAAUCAACAGGCCACAGUAAAUGAACAACCUAGUAGCCAAAUCAAUCGUAGUAAGCAGGUGCCAUUUGGCUUAUUGCUCCCUAUCUUGAUUCCCCAACUUGCCAAAGAUAGAGCAAUGCAACUUACAACAUUAUUUAACAAAUUGAAGAAAGAUGAAAUACCCAAAGAUCAUUUUGUACGGCUUAUGAAAGGGAUUGUGGGGGAUCAGAUGCUUAGAAUAGCAUUGACGAAAGUGCAACAACAAACAAAAGCCAACGCAGGUUCUUCUGGACAGCAGCACCCUGUAAGGAUGCCAACAGUUACUUCCAGUGGAACAAAAUUUAAUGAUCCCCAUGCAUUAGCACAACUGCAUCAGAGAAGUAUGAAUCCUGCUGCAGACCAUUCUCAUAAUACUUCUUCAGCUAUCCAAGUGAAGAGUGAACCGACCUAUUCAACUAUGGACAUUGGUGCUAAAAAGUCUCUGGAACAUGAUGUUCGAGUUGUGCAACCAAAUCAAUUACCAUCAUCAGGUUCUAAUGUCGUCAGUCAAGAAACUGAAAGAUCCUCAGUUCACAUACAAGGCCUUAAUAAGCAGCAACAGCAGCAUAUACAUUUCCCAUCGACAUAUGGAAGCCGUGGUGGUAACUAUAACCAUUUUUCCGGGACAGCUACUGGUUCGUCAUCUCUCAGACCACAACCUCAUCCUCAUGAUUCACACAUAAGGCAAAUUCCUCAUCAGAAUAUUGGUUUAAAUCACUUGGCAGAAGAUGGCAGGGAGAGCUAUAAUCUUGAUAUUGAGAUUGAUCAAGGGACUGUUGGCACAUCUCAACAAGCUGAAAGUGGAUUUCCAGAUGCAUUUGACAUAUCUCUGUCUCACUUUGCUCUCGUUUUAGCACUUAAAAAUGAAUCUGGUGGUAUCCAAGAAAUUGUACUGGAGGUUGACAUCCGUCUAACAUUUAAUUUGAGAACUACUGGGAUGAAAUUGACAGUCGAGCUUUCUUGUUUAUUAAUCCUCUCGCAAUUUAUCCCUGAGAGAGUGGAAAAAGAAAUGAUAAUUCCUCAUUUUUCUUCUGUGACAUCAAAAGGUUUGGCAUCUCACCUUGCAUCAGCAGAUCCUUUUUCAGGAUUUCCAAACUUCAGUGAAUUGAACUCAAAUAUUGACGCAAGUUCUUCAAGAGACCCUACUCCUGUUCAAUUAAGUCGGCAGAACCAAAUUUUACAAAAUUUAAGAGCUUUUAUAUCACUAGAGAAGCCGGAUAAUGAUUCGUUGCAUUUUUUCGGGUAUUGGUUUGGUGUUGGGCGUCUCUCAGGUUUCGAUAUGACUCUUUCUGUAUAUGUAAUCCAGACGAUUUCCUCAAUGGCCUCCUCAUUUUCUGGGACAUCCAGCCACAACACAACAGAAGCUUGA